CUGGUUUCACGUGGUUUAUGAACUUUUUAUCAAACAAUGUCUAGUUUAGUUCGGAAAACGCUAUUAUGUGCGCUGAAUACGAGAUCUUCUCUCCAACAAAAUGGAUUUACAGCAGUAAGAAAUCUUACCAGUCGUACCAUGUUGAGUAAAAGAACAUUUUCAAGCCCUGUGAAAUUUCCGAGGCAAUUCGGAAGCUUCCAACAGCGUUGGUGUCAUCAGAAAAGUGCAAGCCUCGAAAGUGAUUCCAACUUGUCAAAGUACCUGGAAUCUGAAAUAAAGUCGGAAAUGGAAGACGGGAUUGAAGAAGUUGACAACCUUCUUGAUGGAUGGUCAAAGGAAUGUGAGGGAGUUAAAAUCGUUUUGAACAAAAAGAAAGGCAAAGAGACUGUCCGAGUAAAAUUCAGCAUUGCUGGGGCUCUAGAGGAAUACGGACCGGAGGGAGAAGAAGUAGAGUAUGAUAUGCCAUUGUUUUGUAAGCCUCCCUUUGAGGUGGAAAUUGUCAAGCCAAGUGGUAACACAAUGGCUAUCCGCUGCAUGAUUUCAGAAGGAAUGGGGGAAGAGCCAUCGGAGGAUGAUGUGUCCGACAGAUUCGAAAUUAUCAACGUCGCAAUGACGCAAGGGGAAGUUAAAGAAACAACGUAUGUGUGUGAAGCAGAAAAUAUGGACGUUGACAUGUAUGAGGGUCUUAUGGACGUUCUUGACGAAAGAGGCAUUGACAGAGCUUUCACUCAAGACUUGAUUGAAUUUAGCACAAAAUAUGAAAAGAAGGCAUAUGUUGGCUUCAUUUCGUCUAUGAAGAAGUUUGCAGAUGAAUAGUGCUUUUUUUGACAGUUUGACAUGAAUUUUGCAUUUGGAUCUGUACAUGUAGAACAUAUUUUAAAAAGACUCAUCGAGAUUUGUUGUAUUAUGUCAUUGUGUAAUAUCAUCAUAAGUGAUUUAUGAAUAAAAUUUUAGACCUUA